AUGCUGCAGCAAAUUUUGCGUGAUAUGUAUAUUGACCCUGAACUCCUGGCAGAGCUGAAUGAAGAGCAAAAGCAGAUCUUGUUCUACAAGAUGAGAGAAGAGCAGCUGAGGCGCUGGAAGGAGAGGGAAGAAAAUACACGAAUGGAGAAGACUGUGCUGAGAAAGACAGCAAGGCACAAACAGAGUAAUGGCAAACAUGUGCAGUGGCUACGUGGGAAGGAUGGUGAGGUCUGGGUCUGGGUUAUGGGAGAAGCCCCAGGCGACAAGCCAUAUGAACAGAUAUCAGAGGAGCUAAUAGCAGAGCAAGCCAGGCAACAAGCCCAGAAGGAGGCAGAAGAACUCUGGAGACAAAAGGAGGCUGAAAUUACAAAGAAAUUCCGGGAUGCUAUGGCUCAAGAAAAAGCCAGAAUAGUGGCAGAAAAAUGGAAAAUAGAAAUAGAAGAUCGGAAAGCUGCCAAAGUAGAGGAGGAAAAAAUUCAGGAGGAACUGAAGAAAAGAGAAGAAGAGGAAAGACAAAAGGGUGAAGAACAAAUAAGGCAACAGGAAGAAAUCCGAGCAAGAGAGUUGUAUCUGAGCCUCAAGCAAGCUCAGCAGCAUAGUCAACACAGCGAUGAUGACCAGGAGUGGGAAGAACAGUUGCGCCGGUCCAAAGCUGCAGAUGAGGAAAGAAGCCACAAAGCGCGCAGAGCCCGGGAUGAAUACCGACGACAAUCCUUGCGUGCCAUCCAGAAGGGAAGAGUGGCUGGCCUGAGUAAUUUGUUCCAGGGGACAAGCCUGAAUAAUGAUCAGGAAAUAAAACUGAACAAUAGUGGAAGUCCUUUGCUGUCCCUCUCUGCAGCAUCCAGUAACAUCUGGGAGCGUCCUUCUAGACCCUUUUCCCGAAAUGUCAUAAUUCGCUGGUUCAAAGAAGAGCAAAUUCCUCGACGUGCUGGGUUUGAGAGGAACACCAACAGGAUUGCUCAAUGGUUUCAUGGUAUUAUCAGCCGCCAGGAAGCAGAAGAGUUGUUGAUGAAUAAAUCUGAGGGAACAUUCCUGGUGCGAGUCAGUGAGAAAAUCUGGGGCUAUGCAUUGUCUUAUCGCCAGCAAAGUGGGUUCAAACACUUCCUGGUUGAUGCUUCGGGGGAAUUCUACAGCUUCUUGGGGGUAGAUCCAAACCGACAUGCAACACUGACAGAUCUUAUUGAUUUUCACAAGGAAGAAAUCAUCACAUCGUCAGGUGGGGAGCUACUACUGGAGCCAUGUGGACAGCAGAAGAAUCCACCAGACUACAGUCCUUUAUUUGAAUAACUGAUCCAGGACUAAGGAAUGCAUUCUGAAUAGCUGUAGUAAUAGAUAGCUACAAAAGUAAACACUGAAAAGUAGUUAACAAACUUCCAAAGUCACUGGUCUUGUGGCCAAAAUGUAUCCUCAUUGGGAGGCCCAUAAUAUUUCUGUUUUGCAUCUGAAUUAUCAUAAUUAUUCAUAAUGCUAACAUUUUAAAGGUGAGAAAUUACUGGCAAA